UCCUCGAGGGAGAAAUGGAGAUCGGUUUAUCCUUGACUGAAGUGUUGUGAAGUGGAGUGAGGAAAUUUACCCGAAACUCGAGACAUGCUCACAGAGAGGCAGAGGAUGGCAGGGGAAACGCCGAAGAGAGAUCGAGAAGUUGAUCGAUCUGCAAUGGAGCAAUUCUAUUGAGGUGUUGCAAUCAAGCUGGCAGGCGAGACGAGGAGAGGAGAGGAAAGGUAAGGAGCGGAGAGGUGAGGUGAGGUGAGGUGAGGCCGAAAGUAAAGAGCAGAGAAGGGCAAAGCAGAGGUGAUUGUCUCAUCAGUGAGAGGGGCUUGGAUUGAUGUGCGAUACCAGGCGUUCAUGAAGUGACUCUCGUUUUUGGUGGUAUAGCGGGGAAGCGACUUCGGUCGGAAAAGCGGGAAUUGGAGCAUGGACAACUGGGGUUCGUGAGCGGAGAGAGUUAAUCAGCUGCCGCUGUCGGAUCCGACAGGAUAGGGUUGUAAAGCAGCAGGGUCGCCAUGGGGUCGGAAGAAGAGGAAAGGGAUGGGUCGAGUAUCGUGUAUAAAAUGAAAGUUGUGAACACUCUCGGUCGAUCAGUGCCGAUUAUUUUGCAAAACGACAAUGGGCCUUGUCCUCUACUCGCCGUCAGUAACGUCCUAUUACUCAGAAACAAUGUGACUCUGAAUCUUGACAUGUCAGAAAUAUCUCAACGGGAAUUAAUGUCUCUAGUUGCCGAAUGGCUUCUUGACGCCAAUAGCAAUGUCCAGAAUAAAGAUGAUGAAUAUGUAAAAAACCAACAACAGAACAUUGAAGAUGCUAUUCAGCUUCUUCCACGCCUUGCCACAGGCAUAGACGUCAAUGUGCGCUUCAGACAUAUACAUGAUUUUGAGUUUACACGAGAGUGCGCGAUCUUCGAUCUCUUUCAUGUUGGGCUAGUGCAUGGCUGGCUUUGCGAUCCUCAGGAUGAAGUCACUUCGACAAUUAUUGGAGCUAAUUCAUACAACACUCUUGUGGAAAAACUCGUCGCUCUUCAUGCUCUCAAAGCGGAAAAGGAGGCAUCUGCUAAAGCACUUGCCGAGGAAGAACCUACAGUCGACUUUGCUGCAGCAACUACUGCGACUCUCGGUGUUCCAACACCUAUACUUCUGAAAAAUCUGUCGAAUGUGUCAAACGUAUCCACUGACUCUUUUGAGCAUUUGAGACACGACAGCGAGAAGCCAAGAAGAAAGGGGGAUGACGAAGAAGCAGCGGAACUUAUGCAGGCUUUGCAGCUCUCUCAAGCCGGGAUGGAACAUGAGGUUCCUGUAGAUGGAAGCUUAUCGAAUGUGGGGAAUGACAGUGUCACAGUGACGCCGCCACAGCUGGUAGAAAGUAUACCAGUUCCCCAGGAACAGGCAACUGCUGAUGGUGGCACGUCAGAGUUGCCAACCACAAAAACGGACCUUGAUUCAGAAGAUGGACCUGAUAGCGGGAGCGUAGUUAGAGAAGUAGUGGAACAAGUAGGAGCUGGGAAGACUUCUUCUAGUGAUAUUAAGACAACUGCUGAUGACAACGAGCCGGUCAUAGUUCAGUCUUCUGUUCAACCAGAGGAGCUAGAAGUCACUCGAGAGGAUGUUGCCAAGCCGGUGUGUAGAGAAUUGUCCAUGGCACAACUUCCUAUCCAACCGAUUGAUGGAGAACGUUCUGUCGAGGAGAUUGCCAAGCCUACGCCUCUAGAGAUUAUAGAGUCUAGCAAUUCAGUUGGUGACGUGAACGUGUCGUCCCCAGUUUAUGUCGAGAAUUACGCAAGGUCUCCAAGCUGCGAAAGUAAUGUUUCCAUUUUCACCGUCGGUGAAGAUGUGAAGACAGCCGUAGAUCCUUUGGAUUUGGACUUGGAUUUGGAUCCCAUGGAUUAUCAACAACACGGCCGUCUAUCCACGGAGGGAUUGGGGUCUUCUUCUGAAAACUUGUCCCCACGGAAUUAUAAGCCUCCUUCAGAGAGUAGUUCAAGUCACGUCCCAGACGAAUCUGAGGAGUGUGCAAGCUCGGGUAUCGAUGACGAGGAGCCAUUGUACGAAGGGGAACUUAGUUUGACAGGAUCUGGAGUAACAAAUAUCGGUGAGAAAGAUCGAAUCCCCGAUGUAGUAGCAAUUAUUGCAGACAAGGAACCAAUGUAUGAAGGAGAAAGUGUAUUGGCAGAGCAGGUGCUGGGUGGGGAUGGAAGUUCCGCGGGUCAAAGGCAUUACAAUGAGAAGCUGAAAGAGGAGGAGCACACCCGCGAUGCUAUGAAAGAAGGUUUGACUAUCGAGAAGUUUUUGAGUGAUACGGCCAGUCAACUGACCUACCAUGGGCUGUUCAGCUUACAAGAAGGUCUCAAAGACAAUGAGCUGUAUGUUUUCUUCAGAAACAAUCACUUCAGUACAAUAUUUAAGAACGAAGGACACAUAUACCUUUUGGCCACCGAUCAAGGGUACUUGAAUCAACCAGAUCUUGUCUGGGAAAAGUUGAGUGAGGUUGAUGGAAAUUCAACUUUUUACACUGGUAAUUUCCAACAAUUUGAGGUGGAUCAAACCAGCGGAUCAUGGAAUGAACAAGAUGCUGUUGCUGCAACUGCGGACUACAUGUCGUCCCAUCAUGGGACCGCCGGAGGUGCUGAAGGAGCAAGUUAUUAUUCUGAUUUGCAGUUAGCGAUGGCUCUUCAACAACAAGAGCUUGCUCAACAACAACAACAACAACAGCAGCAGCAGUUGCGUUCGCCAUCUCCCGCAGCCCCUCGUGUUACUCAACCCAGUUCGAAAAGUCCCAAUUUAACCUCCACUCGCCUCGUCACGGGGCCGAGAAGCGUUGUGCCUCCACCGAAGCCAGAAAAGGCUCCGAAAGAGAAGUGUACCAUUAUGUAGUUCCAAACCUUUACCUUUUUUGUGUUAUAUAUAGUGCCUUGCCACAUUCAUUAUACUAGACUAGUAAAUAAUUUAAUAAAUGGCUGCUGUCUAAAAAAGUGUUGCGAAUCUCAUAAGGCGAUAUACGCCCAGAACUCCCCACUGUCUGUUAUUAUCUGCUCAGCAUGUUUUAUAAUGCUUAGCCAACACCUUCAGCAGGUUUUGGUCCUAGAAUGUACAUAUUUCUCAAAAUUUUCCCUGAAGAAUAUGAAGCCCCACAACAGAUUUUUCCUCUUCGUUGCGUUGUCUGAAUAGGUCUUUUAAGGAUGUCAGUCUGGCAGUGUAGUACAGAUAGCUCUCAGGUACAACACCAUUCUAAUCACUAGUUGCUGAAUACUACAUAUACGGCUUCUUGUACACCAUUUCUAAUUCCAACCAGGUGGAGAUGUGGAAUUAUCAUCCAAGUUUUAGAAGGUACACACACAGUCUUCACUAGUCCGCAGAUGCGGAUAUUUUCAUGAGUAGCCAG